UCCGUCAAUUCCCUCCUCUCUUCCACCUUCUUCCGUCAAUUCAAUCCUCUUCCAGCUUCAGCUCUGAUCCGUCGUCACAGUCAUGCUCUGGUUCGGUGCUUGCUACAGUUUGUGAAAUUGAAACUGGAAGUACGUGGUAUUAUCAGGCAUGUACUGAAUGUGCAGCAAGGAUUUCUCUUUUGGACGGACAAUUAUACUGUGAAAAAUGCGGUCAAAACAGAACUGUCGUCUCCAGAUUCAAGGUCCAUCUUGUUGUUAUGGAUGAUUCUGGAUCUAUCACAUUUGUGUUGUUUGAUCGAGUGGUGACUGAAAUAUUGGGCAGAAAUGUCGCCGAUUUGAUUGCUGAAUUUAAUCGAGGAAUUGGAUCUGAUUCCUACCCACCCGAUUUGAACAUGUUUAUAAACAAACAAAUGUUGUUUAAGGUUGGAAUUACAAAAGGUCAUGUGAACAAGAGAUACAAAAAUUAUAAUGUCAAAAGGGCCACCGUUGAUGCCGCUAUUAUCCAAAAAUUCAUUUCCCUCCACAACAUUAAGAUGUGCAAUGAAGAGGAUGGAGCUGAAUACAAUAAUGCUUUAAUUGAAUUGGCUGAUAAUUCUCCUAUAAAAGGGGCAUCAAAAUUUGUUGAUUCCACAAAUAAUAUAGAUGAAGUUGUUGUUUUAAGUGAUUGUGAGACACCUAAUAGCAAACAUUCAGUAAAGAGAUCAGCUGCUAACACGACAUCUUUAACUGAGAAUGUAUCUGGAAAUGGAGAAAGUUCAACUACCAGACCAUUGAAGAAACUUGCCCGUGUCAAACAAGAGCCUUCUGAUUGACAAUUGAAGUUGCUUAUUAUGAAUGCUGUCUUUUUUUAAGUGUAACCUUUUUUGUAAUGCUUCAAUUCCCUUUCCAAACAUGGUUUUGUGUCGUUUCCUUUUAAUAACAAUGGGUUUAUUUGAAAA